AAAAACUUCAGCCUACUGCGAAUUUAUCCAGCAGUGUUUGUUUUUGCAAAAAUUUUUCAAAGAAUUUCCGCGAGUUGAAUUUUUCUCGAAUUCUCCCCUCCCGGAAGUGAUCUGGAUGCCGAAAGAUCAUCCGGGAGAUGACAAUGGCAGCCGGGGAGGAGGGUUGGGUACACAGUUUCUCAAUAAACGACGUCUCGCGACACAAAAAGGGCUACACAAUCUACAAAAUAACAUCAAUUAUAUUCCCGAGAUACGUUCCCGAAGCACUGUCAUGUGUCACUGUAUGGAAGCGCUUUAGUGAGAUUAAGACUCUCUACAGGGAGAUACAUCGUAAGCAUCGUGCGCUGAAGUUGUCGGGGAAGCUGCCAAAGCUCGAGGAUUCCUACUUCUUCCGGAGAUUCGAUACGGAGGUGAUUAGUGAGAGGCGUCAGUAUAUUUUGGACUUAUUGGAAUUCAUCUCAAUCCAUCCGGCAUUGUAUACGAGUGAGGUUUUUGUGAAAUUCCUCCGUGGUGGGCAUACCCCGAACGUUUCACCGAAUCACAAAAGAGGAGGGAAUAUUGCUGAGAUUUGCAAGGAUUUAUCCAUUCCUUUCCAAUCGGAAAUAGCUCUUAUUGACCCAACGCGAGAUUCGGAGGCAGAAAGUGAUAUUCUGCCAUUUGAUUGCGUGGAUUCCAUUUCAACCGUUUCCGUAGACACGCUGGGGAACGGCGGGAGUGAUCUGUCCAGAAGGGAUUCUGUAGUGAGUGACGAAGGGUCCAUUGGGUCACUUGCACGAGAACCAUCGGUGGCAAGCAAUCAUCAGUUAUCCCUUCAACUCAGUAUUUCCCAGGAUAUUGAUUACUUUUUCGAUGCUGCUGUGGAAUUCAGUCGGGCAAUGCAGGCAGAGGUCAAUGGGAAGUACCAGGAGAGCUUUGAGAGCUACAAAAAGGGCAUUGAUACCCUCCUAGUGGGUGCUAAGCAAGACAACGAUGUGGAGCGACAGCAAAUGGCCAAGGAGAAGGCCACAAAGUACCUAAAACGAGCUGAAAGUAUCUGUGAGAAUCACAUCGUGAAGAAACCUCAUCCAUUCUCACCCACAGAAACUCAACCGUACUCCCUGGAACGUCCCCUGGCGCACCUUUCACGCUACAAAGUGAUUCAAAUCGUUGAAACAGUGAUGCAGGUGCAGGACACCACGGAUAAGAAAAUCUACAUAAUGAAGGCAAUUGAAAAGCCUCCAAGCAGUUACUUAUUCCUCGGAGCAUUCCUUCCACACAAAAUUCCCUACAUGGUACCCCUUGUGGCAUAUUUCCAAUCAGAAUCUUCCAUCUACCUACUUCUGCAUCAAGCACCUGGGGGGAAACUCUACGACUACAUUCGUAAUUUCACACCAGGAGAGUAUCAAGAUGUUCCGGAAAUACCCACGAAGGAGGAGCUGGAUGAGAAGCCAAAAGAAGAAUCUUCAGGUGAGGAAGCAAUUAAAAAUGCUCCGGAAACUAUUGAAGACACUGAAACAGAAGAAUCAACCUCAGAGGAGGGAGCAACGUACCGCCCGCCGUCUUUUGAAAUUCUCUCCAAAGAUAUGGACGUCCUGGAUUUAGUACACUGCGCUAAAUCACUCCUUAAAUCAGUAUCAAGCACACUUAGACAAUCCAAAGGGAUUGGGAAUGAAGUUGAUGACAUUGCACUUCCUCCAGUGCUGCAAAACAUUCCCGAGGAGUUGGAGAAUCUUCCGGAAGAUGAGGAAAAUCUUCUGAGAGAAAUUGAAAAGUUACCUGAUGUGGAGAAAAAUUCUCCUGAAGCUGCAGAGAAUUCAAUUAAAGGGACGGAAAAUCAAAACAAUGAGACAGAGAAUCAAAAUAAAGAAACAGAGAAUCCACCUCGAGAGACAAAAGAUCUAAAUCUUAACGAAUUCAAUGACUCAUCACCACAAACAGACAAAGAUCCACGAAAUGAUCCGCUGAAGGAAUUUGCAGAAAGACCUAAAACACCAAAGAAACACCCCAUUCCGGAAGGAUGUGUCCGGCAAUGGGCCAGGGAAUUGGUGAUUGCGGUGGAUGCUCUGCAUCGUCACAAUGUCAUUUGCUGUGAUCUCCAUCCGGACAAUCUGCUACUGGGUUCGGGUGGGCAGCUUCUACUUACCUACUUCUACUGUCGCCCCAAUGCAACGGAACGCUUUCUGCGGCAGGACGCCAUGGAUGGGGGCUACGUGGCUCCCGAGAGGCCACUCACUGAAGUCUCAGACUGGUGGACUGUUGGGGUCAUUCUCUAUGAGAUUCUCACGCAGACCACCUUCACGGUUCUCCAUCCCGGGGAGAUGUUUAACUACUACGAGGUGCAAUAUCCCGAAGUGGAAAUUUCCGAUGAGGCAAGAGCGCUCAUUGAUGGGCUGCUUCAGGUGAAUCCCAGCGAGAGAUUUGGCAUUGAUGAAAUCCUUACGCAUGCCUUCUUCCGGAAUACUGACUGGGAAGCAGUGAGAUCCAUGGGGAAUCAUUCAUAGCAUCCACCCACACAGACACACCACAAACUCUGUAAAUCUUCGUAAAUCUCCACGUAUUUUAUUCCACGCGAUAUCGUGAUUGUUUUUAGAGUUUUAGAGAGAGGAGAAAAUAAAAAUCUCCCAAAUGUUUCCUUUUGAAGGAACAUAAAACAA